UAUGUGGUCACAACUAUGGGACUCCCUCAUGUCUAAUACUGCACUCUAGUUUCUACUAUAUUCCUGACUAACAUAUAUUUUCCCACAUCUUAUGUAAAAACUCAUACUGUAAAUCGGAACCUGUGUGGGCAGAUAUAAAUUCUCUGUACAGGAACAUACCAGGACUGCACUGAAGUCGAUGAACUUCUCUGCAGUAGAGUCACCAUGAUGUCUGAUGAGUACCUGGUGGAGUGUAAAAUAGAUGAUGAUGAGGAUAAUGAUGAUUACUAUGAUGAGGAAGUGAUGAAGAUCCACCCCACUCCAACUCCCCCACCACUGUUCUGCUCCAGCUCCCAAGUUUCCAUAAACCAUAGUGACACCAGAGACCCCAAUGAAGUUAACAACCACUUAAGGAUAGAGUUUAGUGAUGUUUUGGCCGAGCCAGCUUCUCCACAGAGUUAUGAACGUGUUUGGGUGUACAGUAGCAUUGGGUUUGAGUCAGCACGGAUCUGGAGUUACCGCUGCCUAACGGCACUGUUUGCAGUCCCUGUUUCCUGUCUCUCUGGCUGUCUUUUUGCGCUGCUGGCCUGCUUACACAUCUGGUGUGUGAUGCCCUGUGUUCAGGUGUGUCAUACCUGUUUGCCCUGUGUUAGGUCCCUGUGGAUGAGUGUGGUGAAUAUCUUCAUCAUGCCAUUCUUCAUGUCUGCUGCUCACUGUUGUAGCGGUAUAUACAUAUUAAUUUCUAAUGAAUGAGGCACACAGUAAUGAAAUGCACUCCAUAUAUCAAAGCAAUUCUUUAUUUGUUACAUUUUGUAUUCUUCUUCUUAUUAUUAUUAUUAUUAUUAUUAUCAUAGUUCACUCAUCUCAGUCAGUGUACACAAAAAUUUACUCAGAGAAAAGACCAACCAAAAGAAAAGUUGUUUCCACAUAUUAUGUUGCAACUUGAAGGCAUUAACAUGCUAUAGUAUUAAUGUUUCUGCUUUACAGUUUUAUUUAACAUUUUUUUUCACACUAGACCACAAAGAGAACUGGGUUACCUAGUAUUGGUUGCAAGAUUGCCCACAUGUAUUACAAUAAAUUACAUGGUAAUGUAUCUUUUUCCACUGAAAUCUAAAUAGUUCACACA